UAGAUCCGUGGCACAAAUGACCGAGGACCUUGAAUGCAUCUCGGGUCUUACUGCGCAUGUCAGUCAGCGGCGUCUUCCGGUUGAAAGUGCUCACACGGCAGAGAUGUCUGCUUCGCUGAACCUGCGUCUUCUCUACUGCUACGCCAAGCCAGGCGCGCUUGGGUGCACUCUCGCACGUCCUUUCAGUGUCGGCGUGCAACGCAGUGGCUUCAAGUAUGUUAACGCUCAAGAGGAGGCCACAGACUUGAGGUCCAUCACUGACCGUGCUGCAACUACUCUCCUAUGGACGGAGCUCUUCAGAGGUUUGGGGAUGACCAUGAGUUACCUUUUCCGUGAACCCGCCACUAUCAACUACCCCUUUGAGAAGGGCCCCCUUUCGCCCCGCUUCCGUGGUGAGCACGCCCUGCGUCGCUACCCCAGUGGAGAGGAGCGCUGCAUCGCCUGUAAGCUGUGUGAGGCCGUAUGUCCCGCUCAGGCAAUCACCAUUGAGGCGGAGACUCGAGCGGACGGCAGCAGGAGGACCACGCGCUACGACAUCGACAUGACCAAGUGCAUCUACUGUGGCUUCUGCCAGGAAGCCUGUCCUGUGGACGCCAUUGUCGAGGGCCCAAACUUUGAGUUCUCGACAGAAACACACGAGGAGCUGCUGUACAACAAAGAGAAGCUGCUCAACAAUGGAGACCGAUGGGAGGCUGAGAUCGCGGCCAACAUCCAAGCAGACUACCUGUACAGAUAAGACUGGUCAGCGUGCCAGCAUCACAGGCUGUCAUCAUGUCUUACACGCUUUUGUUAGCCUCAUGAAUAACUUAUUCUUUCACAGCCAGUACUUGUCUUCAUGUUUUUCCCCACACUAUGGAAAUCCAGAAAUAAAGUAGGUUUUCAAAAGGUAACUACUGUCCUUAAGUGCUGUGAGGUUUCCUGGAGAGCAGCAUCUUUUGCCUGCAGUCAGCCGGGUUAGGUGGCGUCCACAUUUGGAAUCAUGAGUCCAUAAUUAACCAGACAGAACUUCAACGGUAAAGGGCAUUCAACCCUAUUUUUACACUCAAACAAGUUCUACUGGGUUUUAAAUGUAAUGAAAUAAAUGCUUAUGAAACAA